GAAAAAAAAUAAAAUAAAAUAAAAAAGAUAUGAGAGAUUGAAAAAUUGAAUAGCGGCAUAAGGGGCAGCGGAAGCAGGGGAGGAAAUCAAAUGGCUAGUGUGAAAGCAGUGGCUCUUGUCACCGGAGAUUCCAACGUCCGAGGCUCCCUUCAUUUCCUUCAGGCAUCCAACGGAGGGCCUACACACAUACAGGGGAGGAUUAGUGGCCUCUCUCCUGGCCUUCAUGGUUUCCAUAUCCAUGCUCUUGGUGAUACCUCCAAUGGUUGCAAUUCCACUGGACCUCAUUUUAAUCCACUGAAGAAGGAGCAUGGAGCUCCUUCAGAUAAGGAGCGUCACGCCGGCGAUUUGGGUAACAUUGUUGCCGGCCCAGAUGGAGUUGCUGAGGUUUCUCUCCAGGACUGGCAGAUUCCACUAAGCGGACCUAAUUCGAUUCUUGGGCGAGCAGUUGUAGUGCACGCUGAUCCUGAUGAUCUUGGUAAAGGUGGACAUGAACUUAGCAAGACUACUGGGAACGCAGGAGCAAGAGUUGGAUGUGGUAUCAUUGGCCUUAAGUCAUCUGUUUGAAAAGAAGAAUUGCUUACAGAACAGAAAGCAAACAACCUAAUAAAUGUGGUUUAGUCCUUUCUUUUUCCUCCUUUGUGUUCAGCGUUCCUUGUGCAUGUUAUGAUAAUAUUCUAGGGGUAUAUGAGAUGAAACUUUGGGGACAAGAAGUAUAAUUUAGGGGUCUUUGGUAACCAUUUCGUUCUUAGUUUUUAGUUCCAAUCAUCCUCCGAUAAAGUACUAGAUGCCUAGUUAAUUUGGUUUUUGAAUAUUACAAACAAGCAUCUGGAUGAACAAUGCCAGAAGUGUUUACAUUUACAUUGAUACAAUGUGAUUGAACCAUUUUGUUCCGGUAA